AUGUCCCUUGAAUUGAAAGAAAUUAUUAAAUUGGAUGAUCCUCCACCUCCCUAUGAACCGAUUCAUGCGAAAAAGUUUCAAUGGAAGAAACUUGUUGUUUUGAUCGCCGUUGUUUUAAUCUUUGUGCUUCUCAUUGGAGGCGUUUAUCAGUUGUUCAUCUCGAGAAGCGCACCAAUCCCAGUUGCUUCCGAAUCCUCUUCCAACUUGGAGAAGUUGGCAAUGACAGAAAUUCGAGCUCCUCCAAAAAAUACCACUUUCUCGUCCACUAUGACUACAACUACAACUACAACUACAACAGGCACUACUCAAACAAUCGUUUCAACUACAAAGGAGGUCAGGAAGGAAAAGACACCAGGCCCAAACUCCAUCAACAAGGUGAAUGCGACAACUCCAUCAACAAGCAAAUCGAUAACGGCUACAAAAAUCAAGCCUUCAUCAAUCACGACAACGACAAGCGAUGAAUAUGAGUAUGAAGAUGAGUAUCUAGAAAGUGACGCUUAUGAGGAGAAUCGUUAUGAACUGCCAAUUGAAACAAGUCAACCUACAACAACGACAACGACGACGACAACCACAACGACCAUUACGAUUGGAGAGCUGUUGAUCCCUUGGCAUCAGUGGGAUGUUCGUGACCAGGAGGCGACUGUGGAGGGAGUGCUUCUUUGUGAUGGACAUCCGGCAAGAGGGAUCAAGAUCAAGAUGUAUGAAAAAGACACGUUCACCGCCGAUGACAAGCUUGCCGAAGUUAGUACAGAUGGAAACGGUCGAUUCCGUGUCACGGGCAACUCGCGAGAACUACCGGGAGUACGGAUGAAAGUGCAAAUCAACUUCUAUCAUCGUUGCAAACCAUCGUUUUGGAGGUUGUGUGACUACAAAUCGACUCUUCGUGUCCCAAAUGAUUUCAUCACUUCGAAGGGAGAACGUCCAAAAGUGUUCCAAGUCGGCCAUUUGGAUCUUGCAAAAAUCCCUCAUACUCAGGAUUGCUUUAAU